AUGCCACAGUUUGAGAAGUCCACGGUCCACAUGAAGGACCCCGAGCGAGUGGAGCAGAUCACCUGUGGCCUCAUCAAAGGAGGGGCCAGCAAACUGCAGAUCAUCACAGACUUCGACAUGACGUUAUCCAAGUUUCAAGUCAAUGGAAAACGCUGCCCCACCUGCCACAAUAUCAUCGACUACUCACAGCUCGUCACAGACGAGUGUCGGCAGAAGUUGGUGCAGCUGAAGAACCAGUACUAUCCCAUCGAGAUCGACCCACAGCUCAGCAUGGAGGACAAGUUCCCCUUCAUGGUGGAAUGGUAUUUUAAGUCUCACUCUCUGCUGGUGGAGCAGCGCAUACAGAAGGACAAACUGCCCCAGGCCGUGCGCGACUCCGACGCAGCGCUGCGAGAUGGAUACGAGCAGUUUUUCUCACGCCUGCAUCAGCACAACGUCCCCGUGUUCAUCUUCUCCGCGGGGCUGGGGGACGUCCUGGAGGAGAUCCUGCGGCAGGCCGGGGUCUACCUGCCCAACGUCAAAGUGCUCUCCAACUUCAUGGACUUCGACGACAACGUAGGUGUCGCUGACGUCAAGAGUCAGCUGGUUUUUGUUCAGCGGGGUGAUCCGCGCUUCAAAGGCGACCUGAUCCACGUGUACAACAAACACGACGGCGCCCUGAGGAACAGUGAGUCCUUCCAGCAGCUGAAGGAGAACGUGCUGCUGAUGGGGGACUCUCUGGGGGACCUCAACAUGGCCGACGGCGUGGCCAACGUCGACCACAUCCUCAAGAUCGGCUUCCUCAACGACAAGGUGGAGGAGCGUCUGGACAAAUACCUGGAGCACUACGACAUUGUCCUGGUGCGAGACGAGACGCUGGAGGUGCCCAACUCCAUCCUGCAGAAGGUGCUCUGA